CGGAAAAAAGACAUGCCCCGCCAUCCCCGCCAAUCCCAGUCCAAGAAAAGAGAAGGCUGCUGGGAUUGCCAUCACCUACCUACUAGCUGGCAGCAGAACAGGCUGGCCUGAGCAUCACUUUGACGUCCAGAGUCCAAACAGGCGGCGCCUCCCAUCGCACAAAUGGACAUCACCAGCUUCAUCGUCCAGGGCCGAGACAAGGCUCUGCUGUACGGCGACUUCUCGACAUACCAUGGCCAGCUGUCCAAGCGCCUGCUCAACUCGCGCAAGAAGCUGGGCAUCGUGACCAAGAACCGCGGCAAGUUCCGCAAGCCGGAGCAGGUCACCGCCGAAGAUGUCCAGGCAAACAUUGAACAUGUCCAUCUCCUCCUCCUCACCAGCGAGCGCGCCUGGGCCCAGGCGAUGAGCAUCAAGGCGGCCCAUGCCAACGACCAAAGGGGCGUCGUCGGCCGCGCCCGGUCUCACAUCGUCUCCCGGCUCGAGAAGGCCGCUCGAAGCGCCGAGCAGCUUGUUACCGUUCUAUCGCAGACCGAUGUAUCUGGCGCCAAUGCCACCGACCUUCUCGAGGCGCGGGCUUAUGCAUCCCUCAUCCGAGGCGCCAUGCUAUUCGAGAAGCAGAGCUGGGAACCUUGCCUGCGAAGCUACGCCGUGACGUACGUCGUUUACACCGCCCUUGCUACAGCGACCAAGAGCGAUAUCUUCAAGGACUUGCUGUCCGAGACCGUCGAGCCGUCAAUUCGUUUCGCUGCCUACCAGCUCAAGACGCCCCGAACGGUUUCCGUCGCUACUCUGGCAAAGAAGGCCUUCCCACAGUCGGAUGAGGCAUUGGUUCAAGAAAUCAACCGGAUCGAUGCGUCCAUUCUUGCCGAGGCAAGCACGGGCGCUGGAGACGGCAUUGCGGUCGGGGACACUGCCCCUCAGACCCUCACUUGGCGAGCCCACGAAGUCCAGAUCGAAGAUGCCCAGAUAGCCACUUCUUGGACGGUUGUCGGUGAGGCUAAGGAGCGGCUCUCCCAGACCAUUGCCAAUUCCCAGGACAAGAGGCCGCAUGAGGUGGCUGCUGCCUAUGAUGAGAUCCUGUUGACCACCCAGGAUGCGGUUGAUGCCACAAAAAAGGCCAUUGACGAGCUUAAAGGCGACGGUGUUGCUCAAAGUGAUCCCAGGAUGCAGCGGCUGCAGAUUACUCGCACUGCCGUUAACUACGAGAUGAUUAGCUGGAGAAUCGGUCGAAACCGGGUUCUUACAGGCCCCCACGAUGGUGCUACGGAGGAGUACGGCUCAUCAAGAAGGGGCAAGAAGAAGGAUGCGGCCUCUGCCGAAGCAAGAAAAGAAAGGGAAUUGCCCUCUGGAAAGAAGCUUGUAAAGCUCAAGGAGAAGGCUGCGCUGUACGAUGGUAUCCUCCAGAACUUGGAGUCCAUCAAGGAGCUUCCCGGAGUUGCCGCCGAUGAGGAACUUGCCGCCCGGAUCGAAUCUUACGAGAAUUACUUUGUUGCGCUCAAGCACCUUGCCAUCGCUCGGUCACACGCCAUCAUCGGCAACUCUGCCAAUGCAUUGGCCCUCAUCAGCCGAGCCCUGGAGCUCAGCCUACAAGCCGUGGAAAAGCUGCCGAACCAGCAGCCCAUUUCCGAUGAGCUCCCCCUGAGCCUCGAUAUCUCCCCUGCCUCCCUUGAAUUCGUUGAACGAGUGAUUGAUGGCGAGCUGCAGCGCCACCGCGCCAUUGUCCACGUCGACAACUUGCGCAAGAGGCAGUCCGAGGCUGUCGAAUACGAAAGCGACCUUCCCCUCGUGGAGAAGCUGCAAGAGUAUCCUGUCGGUGGGGCUGAUCUCAACCGCAUCGUGGAAUUCCCCCCGCGAGAGGCAGUGAUCCCCAUCAAGCCCAUCUUCCUCGAUGUGGCCUGGAACUACAUCCACUACCCCGGCAAGGAGGUUCAGGCGGGCAGCCAUCAGGCGGGCGAGGUUGCCCAUGAGGCCGAGAAACCUGCUCAAAAGGCUAAGAGAAGCUGGUUCGGCUUUGGGAGGUAG